AAUGUGGUCGAAGCGGUGGUCCCCAGUGUUUUGCGUAAUUUUUUUCAUCUGUUCUGCGUUUUGUAUGACCGAGCAGCAAUUAAAAGCCACCAGCAAAAUGGUGCGUAACGUGUGCCAGCCAAAAUCAAAGGCAACAAAUGAGGCCGUAGAUGGAAUGCAUGAAGGAAUUUGGGAUAUCGACCAAAAUGCCAUGUGCUACCUUCACUGCUGUAUCAACUAUAUGAAAUUGAUGAACAAGGACAACACUUUCAAUCUUGAAACAGCGCAAAUGCAGUUAAAAACUUUACCGGAAGAAAGAAAAGCACCAACAGCUGCUUGUAUGGAACAAUGUAAAGAUUCGAUAAAAACAUUUGAAGAUAAAUGUCAGGCAGCCUACGAAUUAGCGAAAUGUAUGUACGACUGUAAUCCGAAGGAAUAUUUGAUACCAUAACGUAAAACGAAAAAACUGUGUUGAUUUAUUGAAGAUGUCAUAUAAUUUUAUGCCCCGAUAAAAUAAAAAGUUAAUACAG